CCUCUGCUUGGUGAGGUGUGGCCACCACACCUCUGGAUCUGCACCACUGAAAAGUUGGACAACUUCUGUUAAAAGUGGCCAAGUUGUACAGUAAAGUGCACCAGGUUCCCCUCAGUCAAUGACCUUCUGCCUGAGCACCGAAAAACAACAUUUACAGAAUAGAAAUACACGUCCCAGACUGUAACCAAUCAUUGAACACGUUAUAGUAUUGGUAACAAGUAACACAAAGAAACACGUCACCAUAAGAAAUGACCUAAGACAAGUUCAUGACGCAUCCCAAAAAUUAUCAUAAUUUGUGCAUCAUCCAUAUUUAGGAUUUUUUUUUUUUUGAAGACAGCGGUUCGGAUCUCCAUCAACACCGUCAUCCUUUGCUUAUCAGACGUAUAAGGUUUAUAAGCUAUAAUCAGGAGUAGCAUACAGACUAUAAUCUCUUCAAUAGAAUCCGAUUUUAAUCUUUCUCUGUCUACUUGUGUGAAAAUGAAUAAACUAAACCAAUAAUCUAAGUUUCUCACAGAAAGACAAAUGAACGGGGUACACAAAUAAUAUCCGGGAGUCCCUCCGGAGUCGGUCUCUGUGGAUGACGCCCGACCUCCUCCCGGGGGACGACUGAGCGGAGCAGCAGGUCGGUGACCCUCCGGACUGACGCGCGCGGAUGCGAGCGCGUCACUGGAUCGCUCCGGCGCUGGGCGGAGGAGCGCGCCGGAGCGCCACAGAUGCGCGCACGGUCCGCGUCGAUGUCGGCGCGGGCAACCUGUGCCACCAUGGGCCACCGGCUCCGCCGCCUCCCCGCCGCGCUCCUCCUCCAGCUGCUGCUGCUGCUGCUGCUGCGGCCGCCGCCGCCUCUCGCGCCGGGGUGCGCGGCGGAGUACUCCUCCAAGAGCGACUUGGACUACGAGUUCGGGGACUACCGGGGCAAGUGGUGCAUCGACGACCACGGCUUCGUCUACGGCAUCGGAGAGGUGUUUUACCCGAGCACGGCGGCGUGUCCGUGCACGUGCACCGCGGACGGGCCCGUGUGCGUGCGACCCAAGUGUCCCCGCAUCCACCCCCGGUGCACGCGGAUCACGUACCGGGCGUGCUGUCCGGUGUGCGAGGCGAUGGCCAGGGUGUGUGUCUACGCGGGGAAAACAUACCAGCUCCUGGAGGAGUUCAGGUUGUCGAGGUGUGAGCGAUGCCGCUGCGGGGCCAACAGAGAGGUGUACUGCAGCAUUUCGGACUGCCCCGCCCCUCACUGCGUCAACCCCACCUACGAACCCGACCACUGCUGCCCCAUCUGUAAGACUGGUCCCAACUGCUUUGCUGGGAGCAGGGUGAUCCCAGCGGGGGAGCGCCUGAACAUUGACGAGCAGACGGUCUGCUACUGCACCUACCGGGACGGCACAUGGCACACCCACCCUCAUGCCACCUGCGAGCGCCGCCCCCGGCCCAGCCCGACGCCCGACGGCCGCGCCAGGCCCUCCGGGGACGAGGGCACCAGGGGGAGGGCGGGGAGGCCGUAUAUUCCCAGACUGGAUGCGAUACCGUGAGGCGGAGCGUUGGUGUAAAUGUGUCAGAGAGCCGCUCCGCAGGUACAAAACAACCUCUUGUCUGUCAGCGUCAGGAGGGAUCCGCUGGGCUUCAAUAAAGCACUACUCAUUUAAGUUGAAAAAAACACAACCAAUGGGAUCAUGUCAACCCGAGUGUCCACAGGAUACAGCUGCGUCGCCUUCUGGUCUCGCCCUCGGCUCAGCCACGGUUCCACACAGAGGUUUGGAGCCGUUGCUUUUUUCCAACAUUUCAUGUUUGCAGCUCCUUCAGAGCAGGGUUCUCCUUAUCCCACCUCCACACUGAAGCCGGUGAAAGCGCCAAAGGUUUCAGUUUCGUAUAGCAGCCGUGGAACCGAGAGACCCGGGUGUGACAUACCAGUGGGGAGAGCUAUAAUGUGUUGAGACAAAGUCAAUUAUGAAUGAAAUACAUAAUUCGAAAUUUAACUCCAAGUCAGCUGCCAGAAAUAACUGGCAUCUACGUACAUCAAUAAGUGGAUAUCAUGCUUCAAUGAGCCUCUCCAGCAAAGACAACCCGAGUACAUAUGCUAUAAUGAUGGCUGUUUGCCAGAGGAGCCAGGACCAGAACACAGUGCAGCUGGAUCUGGUGGACAGUGGCCUUCAGAAACGCUUUAGUAAACCUGUAAAUGACGGGGUGGUGGGUGUGGAGGGGGGGAAGGGGAAUCAAACUACAUCAUCCUGAAAAAAAGGUCAAAUUCUGAAACUGCCAUAGAUGCCCAGGUACAUGACUUUUGGAAAACUGGUAGUAGUAACCAUAUUCCAUUUAAUUCAAAUCAAUGUAAAAAGGACUGUUUUCACAGUCUCUUUUUUAAUUGAGUAAAAUGUCGGAGCAGAGAACAAGACAAGAAUUUGCAUGGAAAUCUAACCGUCACAUGGAUAAUUUGAAAUUUGAUUUGGUGCAAAGAGCUGAAAGUAACUGUUUAAGAAAUUGGUCGACUGACAUGCAGUAAGCUGACAGCAAAUUUUUCAUUGUUUGUCAAUUAAAUCAAGUAAAGCUAUGCAAAUCUCCUGAUUUGCCUUCUGUUUUAUAUCAUAAAUACAAUAUUUGCACUGAUCACCUGGAGCUCUGACUGUGACUACCGAUGGUAAUUUUAACCUUUUUCUGACAUUUUAAUAGACCCGUUUAUUACAACCAGGGGGUAAGAUGCAUGGGGUCUUUGUGUACAUUGGGUGUAUCUAUAGGGGGAGAUGCUGUGUUUGUGUGUUACAGUCCCACUUUGUGACUUGUCACUUUGAGGUGCAGGUUGAGAAGGUGUAAUGUACAGCGACAAAAGGGGAAACGACUGUUGUGUGCAGUUGGUGGCCUGGCUGCUUUCCUCCAUAACCCUGCUGCUUUCCAUCUGUAAGCAGAGAUAUGUCGAAGUAGACCACACACACACACACACACACACACAGCUUACAUUGCCCAUGUAAGCAGAAAAAAAGAUGAUUCACAUUUUAUAUAUAGACUACUGUAUGUCAUGUCAGAGUGCAUGCCAGUCAAGUGUUCACCAUCCUCACUGUACUUGAUGUAAUGUCAGUCAGUCAUACCCCUGUCCAUUUGUUGCUGUAGUAAAUGAAUGACCUUUGUUCUUGCAGUGUUCUGAUUGUUGAGCCUCUUUUGAACUCGUGUAAUUCUUCCGAAAGCUCAGUUAAUUAAAGUGUUGCCUGCCAGA